AGUCUCGCGAGGCUUGAGGAUCUCCUGUUGUUAAAAUGGCCGCGGCCUGUAACGUCCAUGUGGUAUCUAUUUAAUUGUAAACGUUAUUGUCAAUAACAUUUAUCUCAUAUUGGUGGAGGUAAUCACAUAUCAAGAGGUGACCGUUCAGAGACGUUUUCAGAAUGCAACACGACGAUGUUAUAUGGGGCCUUAUCGGCAAUAAGAGUUUUUGUUCCUACAAAGUAAAAACGAAAACUCAACAGUUCUGUCGAAAUGAAUACAACCUUACAGGACUUUGUAAUCGAUCGUCAUGUCCACUUGCCAACAGUCAGUAUGCUACAGUAAGAGAGGAAAACGGCCUGUGCUAUCUGUACAUGAAAGUUAUUGAGAGGGCAGCAUUCCCUGCUCGCAUGUGGGAGAAGGUAAAACUUGAUAGGAACUAUGCAAAGGCCCUGGAACAGAUAGAUGAGAACCUCAUCUAUUGGCCGCGGUACCUCCGGCACAAAUGCAAACAACGGUUAACAAAGAUAACACAAUAUCUCAUUAGAAUCCGCAAACUCACAUUGAAAAGACAGAGAAAACUAGUUCCACUCAGUAGAAAAGUAGAGAGAAGAGAAAAGAGGAGAGAGGAAAAAGCUCUUAUCGCUGCUCAGCUGGACAAUGCCAUAGAAAAAGAACUGCUAGAGCGUCUUAAACAAGGAACAUAUGGAGACAUCUACAACUUCCCCAUUCAUGCUUUUGAUAAAGCAAUGGAAAAACAGGACGAGGAGGAGAGCGAAGCUGAAUCAGCGGAAGAAGAGGAGGAUGAAGAGGAGUCUGGAACAAGAGAAUAUGUUGCUGAGGAUGAAUUCGAGGAAAGUGACAUCAGUGAUUUGGAGGACGCAGACAACCUUGACAACAGCGAUGAUGAGGAAUCCAGUGAAGAAGAGGAAACAGAAGAAGAGGAGAUGGAGGAAGAAAAGAGCAAGACAAAAUCAAAAGGAAAAGCUCCACUCAAAGGACCAAUCAGAAAGAAACGGGCAUAUGUGGAGAUUGAAUAUGAGCAAGAGACAGAACCAGCUCAGAAAAGCAAGUCUACAUGAGGAUGAAACCCAACAACCCUUCUGCCUUCAAUUCAGAACUUUGUGUUCAAUGAUAGUCAUGUGCCCUGACACAUGCAUCUAUGUACACACACUCAUGUCAAAACUGAAAGUCUUUCAUGUGGGGUUGUUUUUGCAUUUGAUAUUUUUAUUGAAUUAUUUUGACUGUACAUAUGCUGUUGUGAAGCAUAAAUGGUCAUUAAAAAUGUUCCUUUGAUUA